AUGUCGUCAAACAACCAAGACCAUUGUGAACAGAAAAGACCGCGCAUAUCAGCCCACAACGCCACUUUUGCCAAGGUCGUCGUUGGCCCCGAAGCACUAACUUUCAAUGUGCACCUCGAUCUGCUUAUCUAUCACUCGCCCUUCUUCUGCGCUGCCCUUACAGGGUCCUUCAAAGAAGCCGACGAGAAGCUCGUUACCCUCCCCGAUACUGCUAGCAACACUUUUGAGCUGUUUGUCCACUGGCUUUAUUACCAACGACUUCCUGUCGAGACAGACUCAUCCGAGCUAUUUGCACUUUAUGACGACGCUGAGGAUGAUGAAGUUCUGUAUGAGAACCUCGUCUCUCUAUACAUCUUCUGUGACAAGUACGACGUACCCGGGCUGAAGAGGGAGUGCCUCGAUACACUUUUCUAUCACAUUACCGAUCAUCACUGUCUAGCCCAAUUCAAUAUUGUCCGGCGCACAUUCAAUAACUUGGAAACAGACCAAGAUCCACUCUGUCGUUUCUUGGUCGAGUAUUACUGCUACUGGAGUGAUGAAACCCUCUGGGCAUUGGAGGAUGUUCAAGACCUACCUUGGACGUUUAAGGCAAAGGUCAUGGCUCAUUACGCUAACAUGACGUCUGGUGGCCGCGAUGCUUAUUCACUUGAGUUGUGUAACUACCACGACCAUGCAACAAGCAAGGAGAGGAAGAAGUGUGAAAAGAGGAGAGGAGACUGA